CAUCAGCGCAGCUGACUUCUUUUUUUUUACACACAGUAAAGAAAACAAUAAACGUCAAUACAAGGAUAAAGCAUCGCAUUCUCCGAGCGCCUUGGAUCUACAAUUUACCUGAGAUUUAUUUUGAUUUAUUUUUUAUUAUCUUCUUCACUAUCAUUCGCAUUAUUGGGUGGCCACUCUUCCUAGCAGAUCUGGCGUACCUGUCGCUCCCUAUACAUCUGCUGCUAUCAAUGCUUGCCUGGAUAUAAGUGCUAUGACAGGGAAACUCGUGGACAGGCUCCCUAUGAUUACCAUGAGCAGUUUAAUGAGCCCAAUACCUGACCAUCUGUACCAAGAAGAAGACAUUCCUACGUCUAUGAAUAUUUUCUCCAGCCCGGAUUCCAUGUCCCACUAUUCACAGAUGUCCUCAGAUAACAUGAUGGAGCUGGGAAUGGGCAGCGACAAGGCGGCCCAGGACCUCCAGUACAGCGGCUCCUUCCAGCCCAACCGCAGCGGCCAGACAGUCACCUACCUGGGCAAGUUUGCCUUCGACACCCCCCCUGCGAGCGGGCUGGGGGGCUCGGGCUGGGGCUCGGACAACAACAUCAUCAGCCUGGUGAGCGCGGGGAUCCUGGGGGUGUCUCCCUCCCCCGGAGCCCUCAGCACACACACCUCCUCCCCCGCGGGCCAGGCCUCGGAGCUGGAGCAGGUGUAUGGCACCCCGCUGCCCCCUUACUCCAGCUGCAGCGAUAUGUACCAGGAUCAGGUCUCCUUCCACAGCCCCCCGACCACAACCGCGCUGCCUUACUCCAGCGCAGAGUACCACCCGGCCAAGCCUGCCAUGGACAGCAACCUGUUCUCCAUGAUCCCGGACUACAACCUCUUCCACCACCAGGGGGAGGUAAGCGUCAUGGAGCACAAACCCUUCCAGAGCAUGGACCCCAUCCGUAUUAACCCGCCCCCCAUCACCCCACUGGAGACUCUCAGAGCUUUCAAAGAUAAGCAGCAGGUCCACCCGGGCUAUGCAGGUGGGCAGCACCACCAGCACCACCAUCCUUCCCAGCACCAUCAACCUCCACCGACACUCACCCUGAAGCCCAUCCGCCUCCGGAAAUACCCCAAUCGGCCCAGCAAGACCCCCGUCCACGAGCGUCCCCACGCCUGCCCAGCUGAAGGGUGCGACAGGCGCUUCUCACGCUCCGAUGAGCUGACCCGCCACCUGCGCAUCCACACGGGCCACAAGCCGUUCCAGUGUCGCAUCUGCAUGCGUUCCUUCAGCCGCAGCGACCACCUGACCACCCACAUCCGCACCCACACCGGCGAGAAGCCCUUCGCCUGCGAGUUUUGCGGCCGCAAGUUCGCCCGAAGCGACGAGCGCAAGCGGCACGCCAAGGUGCACCUCAAGCAGAAAGACAAAAAGCUGGCGGAGAAAACAGCUGCCGCAGGCGGCCACGGUUCCCCUCCGGUCUCCUGCAGCAGCUCCUUGACGGUGACCACAUGUGCGUAAAACUGGACUGAAGCGGGAAGUGACACUGCACAUUACUGCAAAGGGUCCCCCGUUGCACCAACCUCACCUGGUAUUUUCUCUUUGGAAGAAAAAAAAAAUGGGACUCGCAGCUUGUUUUUUUCUAUUGUUUGUUUGUUUUGAAGCUGGACUGUUUUUGUGUUUGUGGCGUUUAUUCCACACGACGUGGGUCUUGCUGCCCUGACCCAUCGCGGGCAGGGGAGAGAGAGAGAAAGAGAGAGAGUGCUGGGCUCGUGGGACACUGCAGUGCAAACGUGCCGUCAAUGAUGUUCCUUUAAAACCAGUCUGAUUCCAGACGGUCUUUAGCAGCGAAUCCAGAUUGAAAAAAAUGCACUUAUAGAAACCAGAAUGGGGGAGGGGUAUGGGAUGGGCUACUUUUGGUGGCCCUUCAAUAUUUCAUUAUUUGUUUUGAGUUUUUACUUUGCAAAGCUGUCUUUUAAAAAAAAUAAAAACACCAACAACAAUGAACUGCUUGUAGGCGCUAAAGAUUGGGGCUUUGCUGUCGGGACGUUUGCCUUUGACGGCUGCUUGAGUCAGUUCAACCAGUUUUGUAUCUGAUUUCACUACAGCUUAUAUAUUAAAAAUGCAAUUGUGCCAAAAAAGAAUCUGACUUUAGCAAGUGUUCAGUGGGAAUGUCAAAGGGCCCUUUUCAAUGCAGCCCAGUCUUUCGCAAUGUUGUUGAUUAUGAUCCUAGAUUUUUAGUUUAUUUCUGAAGAAUUCUAAAGUUGACAAACCCUCUAAAGGAGUUGUAAUCUUGGAAGGUGAUCGGGGUGGGACCAUGCCCAACACAGCCGAUCCAAAAAGUACAAGAAACAGCUUUAGAAUUCUGUAGCAUAUAUUAUGGUAUCCGAAAGCAUGCAUACCGGAGACAGAUUAUUGAAUUUAUCAGGAAGAUCAGGAAACGAAACGGCCAUUCUUAGCUUUUCUCCAUGUGGGAUAUUAAGCACUUUUUUUAUACAGAACGGUACAGUAAAUUUGCCCAAAUUAACAGCAAUUUUGUUUCAGGUGACAGUACUUUGUCAUGCUGGAGUUAAUUGAAUAACUGGUGCAUGUCAUCCAAGUUCUGCAAUAUUCCUACAGUUCCAAAUAUUACAGAACUAUAUCAUUCUAUUCAACAGUACUCAAGUACAAGUUCUUUAUAGAAUUCUGUCCAGAAGUAAUUGAGAUCUGUACUGUUUUUGAAAAUAACGCAGGGGUGUAAGACUCUGGCUUGAGGGUGUCUUGCCACAUCGCUAAAGUUUUAAUACCACAGGGAGUUUAACACCCAUGUAAACUUUUAGAAACAGAAUGUAAAGCAGCAGCUGCCGUUUCCAGUGUUAAGUUUUGUUUUUAUAUAGACUGAAUGUAUAUAGAUUUUAUUAAAAGAGGGAACACUUUCUGUAAAUAUAAGAGAUUGUAGUGCAAUUCAGUAGUCCAGUUUGCACAGAGAGAUACUUUCUUCUGCCUGUUACCGGCUUACGCACGCUGGGUAGCGAUCGCUGGGACUCGAGGUAGUGAUUUGAUGUCUUGUUUUAGGGUUGUGGAGCUUUGAGACAGUGACACUCUGAUAACGUCACAUCUGAGACCCUGCAGUAGAAUCUUGCAAUGUUCAAACAUGUUCAAUAUUUAAAAGACAUGGGCCAGACCUAAGAAAAUGAAACAAAACUAAUAACAAUUUAACUCUUUUUUUUUUUUUUAAAAGCAAUCUGACAGAGUAAACUCCCGGCUCCCAGUGUUUUGAAGCAUGCUGUUAAGAGUAUAUUGCUGGAAGGCUCUUCAUAUCUGGGUGACUUAACCCUACAGUAAAGCCAUAGGCUGGCUUGUCUUUUCAGCCUCUGUCACUCUAAAAAGCUCCAGCUCUUGCAUAGCGACAUAAUUUGGAAAGUUUUAGUCGAUUGGUAUCUUGGUAUCUUCUUCAUUGCAUUAAACGUGUUACAAUAUUAUACUGAUGCAAUAUUUUUGGGAAUGCAACCUACAUACAAUAGAUGUAUGUUAGUGUUAAAGUCAGCAGAUUAUCCAGUCCAAAUUGGACUAAUGCUUGAAUUAAAUGGAUAAUCCUACUUCUACCCUAAUGUGCAGUUUA